AUGAAGGCAGCGGAGAGCGUAUUGCCAGAAAAAAAAGAAGUGCAUGCCCACCUGUACGACCUUUGCACAAUAAAGGACGAGCUGGACCACUCGAUCAGAGAAUACCUUUUGAGCGUGGAAAACUAUCAGGAGUCACAGAGCCAUGCAAACGUAAAGAUAGCCUCGGGCGUGUUUUCCACGGGCUUGGCUCUGGGCUUGUUUUUCCUCACCAGAAAGUGCGAGGCAGAGUGGGUAAAAACAGUGACUGCUCUUAUGAUUGGGCUUUUCUGGGGGGCCACGUACAUAGAAAGCCUUGUUGUGAAGUUCUUCUUCCAUUACAUCUUUUUGGGGCGCAGCCAGAGAGGCGAGUUCAUAAAAGUCAUGACCUUCCUGGAGGGAAUUUCGCCAAUCUACACAGUUCUUAUGUACACCGAAAAGAAGGAAAUCCCCAGCAAAACCACAAUCGACAUACGGGGAGUCUACAGAGAGAACGCUCUGAUGCUCAACAAAUUCAGAGGCCUGAUCCGAAAAGGCCUCUACGACGUAAAAUAA